AUGCAGGAAUCCAACCAGGAUGAGAAUUCUGAUGCGAUGCCAGAUGUACAAGCGGAUGAAAUGACCACUCCAGGGCAGUUUCCAGAUCGCGAGGGGACGACAGACGGACCGAAUCUGUUGCUCGCAUCACUGCACCUGCCAGCUUUGCUGGGCCUCAACUACCAUCCGCAGGAGGGGUAUACGCCUAUUGAAGAUGAGCCUGUCUUGGGACAUACGAGCAACAGGGUGCAGAAUCAUUCGCACUCGCAUAGUCGUGACCCACAUGAUCAUGCUGAGACCGACACUGAAACGGCAAGUGAGUCGCAGUUUGAGACGCAUGUGAUGGAAGAGCUCGGCAGCAAAGAUGACUACUUUACAUACCCAGAGCGCAGGUCUUCCAAGAAAGGGUGGCCAAAGAAGAUGUUCAAAGGCACAUCGAAAUUAUCAUCACCAGGAGGAUCUUCAUCGCACGUGCCGGCCUCGCCGACGGACGUCGAUGACGAUGCAUGGAGCAUAAUUGAUGAAUAUGAACUCGAGUCGCUCAAGGACAUGAACGAGUCGCAUCCAACUGCGCCAUUGCUGUCGGAACUCAACAGACCACUGCACGAGCUGGAUGAAGUGGAAGUGAACGAGUUCCUCAGCCACUUUAGCAGACACACGCGAGAAGUCCACUUGCCGCAUGCGAUGCGCCACUUUACGCGGAUGCCCCAGUGGUCUGAUUUUGCCUACUCGUCCGACGGUGAUGAGGAAAACAUCAUGCCAUUCGCACCGAACGAGACACUUGCACGGCGACACAGGCGAUCGCGAUUCCUCAUGCAUGUGGACCGUGGCUUGUAUUUACUAGAGGGGCAUGAUGCACCGGAACAGCACCAUUCUGCGCCGUCGGAUGCAUGUGCAUCACUUGGUGAAGACGCAGCGUUGGAUUGGCACCCCAGCACCUCGAGCCCCUCGGUUAUGCAGGGUGGGAGCGACACAAGUUCUGCGCAAGCCGCCGCGAAAUGUUUGACAACACAUAUUGGCAAGCUUGACUCGAAAGCAUCUUCGGCUCUUCCCACAGACACUGCUAGAGCGCCAACGGCUGGUGCAGCGACCAGAGGCCAACUUCUCGAUGCAGCGCCAUAUGAGGUUGAAAAAGCCAUGAAGUCACCCGACUCUGACAUCGAAAUGCAGACAGGCGUCUCAACAGGUAGUGCGGGACCUUCUACGCCAGCGCAAAAACCUGUGAAGCGGCUGCGCAUGACAGAAGAAUGCACAGAAACCCCGCCUACGCUCAACGAUGAACAUGUUGAUGGCGUGGCUUUUUGCGUCGCCUACAUCCUAGCCCUGGUCGAGCAGUACGCGCCGAACGACUUGGACGAGGCGCCGAUCACAGAGUACCGCGAGAGCCGCGCUCGUUCGCACAUUGAACGUCUGUACAUUAUUGCGCCGUUCUGGGAGCAGCUCGUCGCUUAUUUGCGCGCUUUGUAUUGCUGGGAAGAGCCGCGACGAACAGCCGCAGCGGCCAUGAUCUACUUCGUCCUAUGGUACACAGAUAUGCUGCCGACGGCGUUCUUCACGCUGCUUCUGUACUAUGUGUUGCAGUUCCGCUACUUUCCACAAGACGAGUCCCUCUUGCAUCGGCGUGUGCACGACCGCAUGGUGCGUGGCCAGCAUGCGAACCGGCUUGCUGAGCGUCUGAAGCGACGCAGUCGACUGGACAUAUUGGACUUGUACAAGCGAUGGGCGCGCACGUACGGCGUCGUGAGCCAGGUGGCCGCGGGUGACGUGGCUGACUUCCACGAGAAGAUCAAAAACUUGCUCCUGUGGCGCAAUCCCAAGGCCAGCCGGCGCACGGCCAUCCUGCUGGCGGUGCUUGUCUUGUUCGUCACUGUGUCGAGUCCAGCCCUUGUACAGAAAGUAUUUUUGCUUGGCUGCGGCAUCACUUUCUUUGGUCUCAUGCCGCUGCAAACGCUCUACCCCCGGUACCGACGAGCACUCAACCCCUUGUGGUGGGCGGUGCUUGGGGCACCUACAGAUGCGCAAUGGGCGAUCCAGCUGCUCCGCUCACGGCAUUCUCGGUACCAGGAAUGGCUACAGAGUGGGGGUGAGCCGUCGGCUGGCAAGCAUCCUCGGUCGAUGCCGUCCGACAUGCCGCCGCCAUUCACACUAGGCGACAUGAAGAUGACGCAGCUGCAUCAGAAAGACGGACUGAAAGGCCCCGAGCAUGCAGCGCCCGCAGCGCGAGCGUCGGAACGUUCGCUGAUGGACAAACGCAAGCUGGACAGCUUUUUGUGCCAGCACUUUGGUGUGCCAGGCCACUUGAAUGUGACGCCGACACACCUGUAUUUCUCGCCCUUACGCGUUGUGGGGUCUGGCAGCAAACACUAUCUGACCAACUUGCAAGACAUGGAGGGUCUGCGCAAGACACAUACGACUCGCUUAUGGCUUUGGGACUCGCACGGCCUGAAAAUCUCGCGCCGAGGCAAAAACACACUGUACCUGUCGAAUAUGGCUCGUCGCGAUGAGGCGUUUAAUUUGCUCUUGACGCUUGCGUCGCAUCUCAUGCAAGAUAUGUAG